AACGGCAAUUUGCAUUUGCAAACAACGCCGUAUCCUUGCCUCUACUCUCUGGUCUCCUUCAUCUUCUGCAACAUCUUGUCCUAGACUUUCCAAAUUUUUGAGCUUUGAUGUGUUUUUUUUUAAAGCUUCAAUGGUUUUAAAAGACUUAUUUUCAGUUCUGCAAAUCUGCGCUAAGCAUCAAAGUCCAUGAAUCCAGUAAGUACAAUUUGAAUUUUUUUCUUGUACUUGAUUCAAUCAUUUUCAACACUAUUAAUUAUAUGCAAAUACUUCAAUUUUAGUGAAAACCCAUUAAUGAGAAUCACAAAGAUUGAUACCUGAUGAUGGCUAGAGCUUCAUCAUCUAUCUUAAUUUUCAUUCGCCAAAACCCUCGUACCUGCCAAAACCCUAACACCCAGAUCCGAAAUCUCACUUUUGAAACCAAAGAUGGUGACUUUAAGCCGAACCCAAUUCAGGAACCAUCACAAAAAGCACAAAAUGACUUCAUAGAGAUUGCCAAAGAGGUUUCUAGGAUUACUCGAACAAAACCCAGAUGGGAGCAGACCUUGCUCUCUGAUUUUCCUUCAUUCAACUUCACUGAUCCACAGUUUUUCAAUGAGUUGAUAAGGAACCAAAACAAUGUGCUUCUGUCACUCCGUUUCUUUCACUGGCUAUGCUCUUGGAAUGGUUUUUCGCCUGACCCGUUGUCGUUGAAUGCGCUUUUUGAUGCGCUUGUGGAGGCUAAGGCCUGCAAUGCUGCCAAAAGUUUUAUUGAUUAUACAGGGUUUAAGCCCGAGCCGGCUUCUUUGGAGCUGUACAUUCAGUGUCUUUUUGAGGGUGGAUUGGUUGAGGAAGCAUUUGAUGUGUUUGAUAGAUUGAGAGGGGUUGGAGUUUGCCCAUCAAUUGCAACUUGGAAUUCGGCUUUGUUGGGUUGUCUUAAGGUUGGGAGGACUGAUCUUGUUUGGAAAUUGUAUAAAGAGAUGGUGGAAUCCAGUGUUGUGGCAAAAGUUGAUGUCGAGACUGUUGGGUAUCUUAUUCGAGCUUUUUGUGAAGAUAACAAAGUUUCAAAAGGUUAUGAACUUCUUCGGCAGGUUUUGGAAGACGGGUUAGACCCUGGGAAUGCUGCUUUUAAUGAUUUGAUAUCUGGGUUUUGUAAGGAGAGGCAAUAUAGUAAGGUAUCUGAGCUACUUCACACAAUGAUUGCAAAGAACAGAGAUCUGGAUAUUUUUACAUAUCAGGAAGUUAUCAAUGGGCUUUGCAAGCAACGGAAGCAGCUUGAGGCAUUUCGGGUUUUCAAUGAUCUUAAGGACAGAGGAUAUGCCCCAGAUAGGGUCAUGUAUACGACAAUGAUUCAUGGUCUUUGCAAGAUGGGAUGGCUUGGGGACGCUAGGAAGCUGUGGUUUGAGAUGAUUCAGAAGGGGUUUAUUCCAAAUGAAUACACAUACAGUGCACUGAUUCAUGGGUAUUUUAAGGUUGGUAAUCUUGAAGAGGCAAGGAAUCUGCACAAGGAGAUGUUUAAUAGAGGUUAUAGAGAAACGACGGUGAGUUACAACACAAUGAUUGCAGGGUUGUGUUUGAAUGGAAGGAUAAAUGAAGCUCAUGAGUUGUUUGAAGAAAUGCCUCGAAAGGGUGUUUUUUGUGAUGUGAUCACGUACAACACUCUGAUUCAAGGCUUUUGUAAGGAAGGGAAGAUUGUUGAGAGUACAAACCUAUUGAAAGAACUCCUUAUGCAGGGUUUGCAGCCAUCAACUUCCUCAUUUUCCCCCCUUAUUGAAAAGCUUUGUGAGGUGGGAGACAUUCAAGAAGCAAAAAAGUUGUGGGAUGAUAUGCAAAGUAGGGGUCUGCAACCAAUCGUCUGUACUCAUGAGCAUAUCAUCACUGGCUUAUGCAACCAAGGUUAUGCUGCAGAGGGAAUGGAUUGGUUAUUAGCAAUGCUGAAGUGUAAGCUUAAACCAAAGAAAGAAACUUUCGAGAGAUUGAUCCAAUGUCUCUCACAAAGUGAUAAGUGGGACGACAUUUUACUUGUAUUAGAUGUUAUGUUUAGGACAGGUUAUACACUUAGAGAAGGCAUAUGCCAUUCUUUGGUUAAUAAACUUUGCAAAGAGAAUUCCCAUUUUGUUAAAACACAUCUAGGGGAGAUUGUAGAAUAAAACUAAUGCAUCAGAGCUCCUUUGGAUACAUUGUUUGUAAUGUACUACCUCAUUCAUGAUUGAAUAUAUGGAGAGGAUCAGCUGGAGCUUUAGUAAUGUUGGUAAACAUCAACUUGAAGCAUUGUAUUUCAUGGUAAUUUGGUAUAUCAUGAAGAAUUGAUGACUAUGAUGAAGUUUAAGACUGAAGUGCUGGUCUAUAUGUCAGAUACUAGAGCCCAACUGAUUUUUAAAUUUGAAUCAUGCAAAUAAGUGAUUUCUUUUUGAAUUUCAAUAAUUUAUUUAUUUUAUGUGCCUUUUGGUUCUAUGAAAGAUUUAAGCGAACCCUAACCAAUAGUUGGGAAGUUAGUCGCUGCUAUACCAACAGUGAUGAUACCAACAGGGGCUAGUCAUCUCCUUAAGUUAGUUGACCAUGAAUUUCUAGACACAUGCGAUACUAUCAUGGUAAAAAGUUAGUCAGGCAGCUAGCUGCAAGAUGGAGACUAGACCUCUUGAGUCCUUGUCAUUGGAUUCAGAGUAAAUGAAUAACAAAUGGCUGCUUGCUGUGACCAAAGGAUGUCCUCUUUUAAAGUUCUGAAGAUACAAUGUAUUGAUGUUACUAAUGAGGCUUUGAAUCGAUAGGCACUUGUUGUCUGUCACUGGAGUUACUGGUUUUAUACAAUUUGCAGAGAUUUACUGAUAGGUCAGUUACUCUCCAUCUUAUGGGAAUCUUCUAUUAGUUUUACUUGUUGAUUUCAUCCUCAGUAGUUUCCUUUUGUCAUGAGCACAAGAGCUUCUUGAGAUUCAUCAAUUAUUUCUUUACUUUCUCUAUCUUUCAUUCAUAUAAAUACUUUAUAAGCUUAUGAUGGAAAGCUCAGUUCUGCCAAUUGUUGUUUGUGGUUUUUUUUAUUUAUUUAUUUAUUUUUUUUGUGGGGCCCUUCAUCUGAGUUAUCAUAAGACUUUGAUGUGCGUUUUCUAUUAUUCUUGGAAACAUUUAUCUUUUAAAGUUGUUGGAAUUAUUAAUGAAGUUGAGCGAGUCUUUGUUUUAUCAUCGGUUCUAAUCGGCCUCAUUGUGCUGUCUAUUCCUUUAUUCCCACUUAGAAUCUCUUUGCCUAUUUUCUUCGACGUACCCAUUUGAGGGGUCUAGGUGCUAUUGGCAAUGGUUGUAAGAAGUUAAAAAAAUCUUAGUCUUAGUGAUUGCGAUUUCCUGAAUGACAAGGGUUUGGAAGCAAUUGCAACUGGUUGCAAGGAGCUUACACAUCUCAAAGUUAGUGGGUGCCAUAAUAUCAGAACUUUGGGACUGGAAUCUAUUGGAAAAUAUUGCCAGUACCUUUCUCUCCCAACUUAAUAACUUCGGUCUGUAGUUAUGAUAAUGUGUGCAUUGAUUAAAGUCAUGUUUGGGUCACAGCAUCACACAAGCUGCAAGCCUCCUUGCUCUUGGGCUGUUCAAGGAUUCUGUUAAGCAACCUGCUUUUACUAACCUGCUAAAAGUAUUUAAUAUUGUUGCAUUGAUAUUUUUGAAAAGUUACAUUUCAAAGUUCAGGCACUUUCUUUUUGAUAUUUAUGCUUCCAAGUUCUUUCAAGAGAUGGAUAUUCAUCUGUCUUCUGCAGUAGUAGCCUUUGUAAAAUGUUUUCCACUUAACUUAGUGAGCAAGGAAAAUAUUAAAUUCAUCAAUUUGAAUGUUAUCGAAUAUGCAUAAAAGUAUC